GAGCGAGAGGUCCCCUCCCUCUCCGGCUCUCAGUCCGCCAGCUCCCGCUCGCUCCCUGCCCACUCCCGGGGGGACGUUCCGUGGCGCGGCCGCGGCCGCCGCUUCUUUCACACUUUAGUUGCGAGCCGCGCACCUCGCUCAGUGGCUGGAGAGCUGGCCGCGCGCCGCCGCCUCCCGCACGCACGCACGCGGCCCGGGCUCCGGGGUUCUCUGCUUGUACUCCAAGCCGCGGGGAGGAGAGGGAGCCCCGGCCACACUGUGGGGAGGAGAAGGAAGAGGAGGAGUAGGGAGACCCAGCGAGGAGGCCAGGGGCGGGGGGCGGGAGGCUUGCCACCUUCAGCCCCCCCCCGCGAGCGCCCAAGGUGUGCACCUUGUGACCAACUCAGCAGCAAGGUGGAUUUUCUUUGUGUUUAAAGAGAGAAAAAUGUGCCCGUGUCUGUAGAGAUGAUUUGCAGUUCAGCCCGGCUGAAGCUGACCGAAUGAGACUAUGGGCUGUGCCUCCGCCAAGCAUGUUGCCACUGUUCAAAAUGAAGAGGAAGCCCAGAAAGGGAAGAACUACCAGAAUGGAGAUGUGUUUGGUGAUGAGUAUAGGAUCAAACCAGUGGAAGAGGUCAAAUACAUGAAAAAUGGGGCAGAAGAAGAGCAGAAAAUAGCAGCCAGGAACCAAGAAAACCUGGAAAAAAGUGCCAGCGCAAAUGCAAGACUCAAAACCAAUAAAGAAGUCCCUGGAUUAGUUCACCAACCCAGAGCAAACAUGCACAUCUCUGAAAGCCAACAAGAAUUCUUCAGAAUGCUGGAUGAAAAAAUUGAAAAGGGUCGGGAUUACUGUUCGGAAGAAGAAGAUAUCACAUAGCACCAAUUCUCCUACUCAGAACAGGAGCUACUACUGUGUAUAUAGGUUACACCCCAGUCGAAAUCUUUGCAAAGGUCGGUUCUCUUCACUGAACAGCACUGUAGCAAAAGAAGACCAGUCCAUAUCGUAUGCCCCAUUAAAUUACAGUGUUUCCUAAUGAACUUGCAAAGGAGUAUUGCUAAAAACAAACAAAAACAAACAAAAAACUGUUCUUGAACUUUCUUUGUUGCUGCUAGUUAAAACUUGUUGCAACUUUUCACUUCUCUUGUGUCCAAGUUUGGAGCAAAAUUCUGCAGUUUCACCUUAAAGAUACUAUUGGUUUUACAGAUACUGUCCAACCUAUUUUCUAUAAGAUGAGGUAGUGAUGAACUCUGAUAUCAACCUUCUAUUCUAGACCCAUUCUGCUUUUAAGUCAAGCAUCUCCUCCCCUCUUUCCUCCUUAUCCAUCUCUUCCAAGCAAUCCAGAGAUGGCCUGAGCCUUGCUUCUCACUGGCAAAGUGGAGCUUUGGAUGGUCGCUAGGGCAAGCGUUGUUUCUCUGCUCAAAAGAAGUAGAGGAGCUAUAAUCAACUUAAAAGCAUGUUGUGACCUAACUCCUGGAAGUGACCAAGGAGCAUGCUGCAGAUUGUCCCACUUACUGGGGCUCUCGUUGAGGAUUAAGCUUGUAGCAUUGGCUUUGCUCAGAUGCAGACGAAAGUGUGACCGCAAUCAUUUUGAAUCCCUCUUCCUCACUUUUUUUUUCUAAGAAAUAAACAUUUUCCUGUUUUUAUGUAUCCUUGUCUUUUCCCAUUCAUCCAGUUCAGUAUUUUCAGAUGAUCCUAAGUGUGGAAGUUCAGUCCUCCUUCACAGUGAUACUGAGAAUUGACCUAAAUGGCUCCCUACCUUCUGUUGAUAGCUACCAUGGUGUGGAAGAGCUGUGAGUGACCAGAAGCGAUAAGGAGACACUCCCAUGACUUCUUAGGAGGGCUGGAAGCCACCAUUACCUUUCAUUUAGUUAGCAAAUAAAACACUCUGUUUUGUAAUUCUCCCCUUCAAAAUGCUACAUGAGCCUCGCCACUUCCUUCCCUUCUCCUUCCCACACUGGUAGUUUGGUGAAAACUGUUUGCCUACUCGAAAACAGGACAGUCACACUGGUGGUGUUAUUUGGAGAUGCAGAAGCCAAAAGCCCCUGGUGGUGGUCGGGGGGGGCAGAGGGAGGAGUUGUUGACUGUGUGUUCAGUAGAGUUUAUUUUUCCAUACUAUAUGAAGAGAAAGAUCUCUUCUCAAAGACAGAAGUAAUAUUUUUAACAAAUAUUGUCACAAGUAAAUAGCAAUCAAAAGGAGAAAAUAACUUUUGUAUUUUUUUAUCGUGUUUGAUAGCUUUGACGAGGGUUCUCUUUGUUACUUUCAGGGGAGAGCACCCUAUUAAAUGCUACGCCAGCAGUCCAUGGUUGGGUUUGUCCUUAAAAAAAAAAAAUGCAGAAAGAAUACUGUGUGUUUCUCUCUUUGGGGGUUGUGAAUUUCAAGGGCCUCGAUAUCAGCCACCCUUAAAGGUGGAUAGUUAUGAAGAGGGCUACUUAAGAUGUUCCAGAUUAUCAGAAGAUUGCCUGCCACAAAGUAGAAUGUGGAGCUAAAUUCGUUCUUGUGAAAUGAGCCUUGACUUACAAAUCUGUCCACAAAAUAGAUGUCACCACUGAUGUGCUAAUGGCAAGAUCCCUUAUCUCCUUUCAGAGCUGGGACAGUAGAAGUGAGGGGAAGGAAACACAGUCAAAUGCUAUAGAAGACCGGCUCAAAUGUUAGCAACAAAAUCCCAUAAUUCUUGCAGCCAGCAGCAGCUAUUUUGGGGAGCAGCUGUGGUUGUUACAUAAAUAGAGAUGCAGCCAAAAUCUAAGACUUUUUAUCCAGCUUCAAGCAGAAAAAUGCAGGGAGAGUCAAGUAGUCUAGGGUUUUAAGUUCCCUCCCCUUGUAUGUUUUUUGGCCAAGUGAUGAAAAUAGUUUUCCUUAACUGUAAACGAAUUGCUAAACCCCACCUCAAACUUGUUCACUGGGGACUUUGUUCAAUGUUCUGUGGAUGGCUUUUCCCGGAUCUCAUGUUCCUAUCAAGCAAGAAGGAAGAGAAUGUGAAUGUCUUCUGUUUGACUCCUCUACUUGAUAUCUAUGACAGUAUCUUCCCAGAAAAUCACCACCCUUCUCCCUGAAGAUGAAACACACUCGUGUUGUUUUUUCCUCAUGGUCACAUUUAGCAUCUUGGAUGUUACACGUUUCUUGGGAACCUGACUUUUGAGUGUUAAUAAAACCCUACGUGUUGUUCUCCUGAACCAACGGCUUUUCACCUGGAGUUCUGUCUCCUGUGUUUUACACUGGAUACAUCUUCGCUGUACAGAAGUGAGUUCAUCUUCAGACACAUUUGGUACCUCUAGAAAUAGGUCCAAAAAAAUGGGAUGGUUGAGUGGGUUGGCAUGAAAUGCUUGACUCUGUUAGCAACACUCAAAACUGUUUUCCAUUUGUUGGUUUGAAUCAUAAAAUUGUCAAGUAA